AUGACUUUUCAACAAGAACUCAAUUCAUGGUUACCUCAAUCUCCAACUGACGUCCAAUCACCUCCAGAAAUAAAUUCUAAAGCUCCCUCAUCAUCUAAACUUUCAUUUCCAAAUCCUAAUGGAAAAUCUACUAUUAUCACAUUCCUGAGACAUUGCGGCUGCCCGCCAUAUCCCCACUCCUCAGCCACCUCAACCUCAGCCUGGAUCACCUCUCUCGGCGGUGCAGGACCCAUCCAAAUAAUAAUCGAUCCGGAGAGGGAAAUCUACGCACAAUGGGGAUUAGGAAGUAGUUCGGCCUGGCACGUCUUGAAUCCUCGGAGUAUGUUAUCUGUGUUUAGACUUGGGCGUGAAGAGAAAAUUUGGAAUAGACUUACGGAGAGUGGAAGUCGGUGGCAGAUGAGUGGGAGUUGGGUUGUGGAUGGGGAGGGGAUUGUGAAGGGGGGUGGUGUGGCGAGGAGUGCGGAUGAUAUUAUGGAUUUUGAGGAGGUGGUUAAGUUGGUUUAG